GUCGGGCUUGCUCUUCUGUGAGCAGCUAACUGGCAGAAGUCCUACCCAGCUGUGUGGACGUAUCGUUCCGCUUAACAGCCUUUUGUCCGAUUUGUUGUGUCUUGCAUUUCGAGUCUUGCAUACCCUCUCGUUGGGUAUAUUUUAAAGAAACGGACGCGCAUGGAGUCUUUGUUUUUGGGAAGGCGCUUUGUCGUAGAGAAAAUGUGCAGUUACUCUUAGCUACCGCAGCCAAGCUCGGACCGCCGCCGCACGGUGUGGACAAGCAGGGAGCGGAGAGAAGCUAAAGGGCUGCUGUUAGUCGACCACCCCGAAACCGAUCAGAACGAUGGGCCUGAUUUUCGCAAAACUGUGGAGCUACUUCUGCAACCAAGAUCAUAAAACAAAUCCUGGUUAACUGUUUUUGUCUCAGAGCACAAGGUGAUUAUUGUGGGUCUGGACAAUGCGGGGAAAACCACCAUCCUUUACCAAUUUCUGAUGAAUGAGGUUGUUCAUACAUCGCCCACCAUUGGGAGUAAUGUGGAGGAAAUAGUGGUGAAGAACACCCACUUCCUCAUGUGGGACAUAGGUGGACAGGAAUCGCUGAGGUCCUCCUGGAACACCUAUUACUCCAACACAGAGUUCAUUAUUCUGGUGGUGGACAGCACCGACAGGGAGAGACUGGCCAUCUCUAAAGAGGAGCUCUACAGGAUGUUGGCUCACGAGGACUUGCGGAAGGCAGCUGUGUUAAUAUUCGCCAACAAGCAGGACAUGAAGGACUGCAUGUCUGCAGCGGAGAUCUCCAAAUACCUCACCCUGAGCUCCAUCAAAGACCAUCCCUGGCACAUCCAGUCCUGCUGCGCUCUGACAGGAGAGGGUUUAUGUCAAGGCCUUGAAUGGAUGACCUCCAGAGCUGGACUCAGAUAGCCCCCCUGUCCUGCCAUCAAUGCCUGACUACCUUCACCUCUCCCUAAUGAGGUGGCACACCAUUUUUGUCCUUACUGGCUUCCUUUUUUUGUCUUCAGUGACACAACAAGAGGCAGCACCGCCGACGGACCACCACAAAAUCAUUUUGUGGAGUCGGAACAAAAACAAAGACUGCGAAGAAGGUUGUCAGUCAAGGACAAUUUACACUACAUGCAUAUCAUGUCGCGUUACAUCUCAUCAAGCUGAGUACUUUAAGGGAACUUUAAUAUGGUGCAGCUUUCUUCAGGUUAAACGGAGGAGUUACACAGUAUUAUGAAAGCAGCUCCAAUGAUUAUAUUUACACUAAGAUGUUCUAUUAAUUUGACACAAUAAUGUUUUUAUUUGGUUCUCAUUCUGAGCACAGAUGUUUGUUACGUUUUGUUUCAGGUUCAUAAGUUACAGUCAUCAUGUCUCUCAUUCAUUUGGAGUUUUUAAACCAACCUGUUUUUUUCUUUUAUGCCAUAAAUGAUCCAGCCAAUGUUGGCAUGCUAAAUUUGGAAGAUGGAAAAUCACUUAAACAUCAAUUGGACUGCAAGUGGAAGCUUGGUUUUAACAGUAUUUCUCAGCAUUUUAUAAACGAUGCAUUGAGUUAUUUUAGUUUUGCUCUAUAGUGAUUUUAGUGAAUAAGAGGUUAGUUUGUAGGCUUAUUUUACUCAAUCUUUCUCUUGAACUGUUUUUGUACAAUUUAAACAAAGGGAUCAGCAGAAGCCACUAUGAAACAGGUGCCAGGCGUUUAGAGGAAACUGUCGCUCAUGAACUGCUUGCACCGCAAGGUUCGGUGUCCCACCGACUUGAUGUUUCAGCUCUGGUACUUGGAUGUUCAGCCUUAACUCAACCUCUCUAGUCUGCCUGAUUCUUUUCCUCUUCCGGCUUGUCAAAUGAAUCCUUUACCAUCACAUCUAUGCACGUGCCACUUUGAGAACUUGUUGUACAAGUUCAGACGUGGCCAUAUUUGGAGGUGCAUGGCUUACAGUGAGCCUGAGUCGUCAGGCGGCCAGAUAAACAGGAAGUUGAACCAUGCACUUGUUAACUCUGCGGCAGUGAGGCUUCCAGCUGGAGCUCACAAAGCAAGGAAACGGGUCACAUGCUGUGGUGACAUCUCGUCUGCAUCAUGUACUGCAUUUGUUUUUUCAUUAAACAGUUGUUUUUGAACAAGUGUUCUGUCAUCCUUUGAAGAGGUCAAGUCCUCUGUCAGUACAUCAGUUAGCGUUCCAGAUAGGUGCAGUUUAGACAAUAGAGGGUUCCUGAGUCUUUAUGGGAAAAUUUCCUUUGUAAGACUCAAUUUUCAUAAUUGUCAGUUUCAAAUAUUACACUGAAGUACAGAGUUUAAUGGCAGAUAUUUCUAAGGUGUUUACACUUUACAUAUGGACGUCCACUAGAAACUAGAGUACAAAGAGGUAGGACACAAGGAAUUGUAGGGAAAAGAUGUGGGCAGGAUGGAAAAGGAGGGAAGAGAUUAAACAAAAGGCAUAUUUUAAGGAAUAAAGUCUGGGAAUAACCUUUUCUCAAAACUACCCAGACUUGGAAAAUGCCAAAAUCAAAUUUCAGAAUGAAAGUCUUGCUCAAAUCCACCAGCAUGUGUGAUAAACACCUACUUCAUCCAUGUAGCUGAUAGAGUAUCUUAAUGAGAUAUCAAAUGAUGCAUCUAUAAAAUAUAAUCCAACCUGGCUUAUUCCCAGGGAUUCACCAUUAAUCUUUACAAGCAGCUGUUGAGGUAAAAACAACUGAAUCAGUGGUGCAAUGAGAUUUGUUGGGUUGGCUCAGUUUCACCCACAUCUUUCAUGUCACAAUACUUAACACUUUCAUUGUUCUGUGCACCGUCCUCUGUCAGGUGUGUGAAUCUACUCCAGUGACAUUCCAACAGGCUGAAUAUAUUAGUACCUUAACAUUGAGAACGUUUUCUCAAAAUAUCAGUGAAUCAGUGCAUAUUUUAUGCACUGAUAUUGCACUAUUUGGAACACAGGUACAUAUUAUUUAAAAUUACAUUCAAAAACUAUUACAGGUCAUUUUAGAGAUUCUCAUAAAAACCCAAAACUUAGUUUCUUACAAGACUAGAAGAUUAUGCAAUGCAAGUUAUGUUUCCUUCCACUAAGCUUUAAAUUAACAUGCCAAGAUAUCACGGUCCGCUUCAUUAUGUUAUGACUUUUUAAGGUUUAAUAUUAAGCACUUACUAUGAUUGAAUAGACAGUUUAAAUUAUAUUUCAUUUAUACUAUUAAAACAAAUAUACAAAAAACAAUUGGGAGAUGUUCAUUACCUGUAAACCAUAGUAAUCAAAAUAAAUAUUUACUGUAUAAUUAACCUUUUGACUUCAUUCCCAGAUAAAUCUAGAGGCCAAACCUUCCAUUGUUCCAGUUCUGUUGUGGGAGAAGAAAUUCAGGCUGUUAGGAUAUAAACACCGAUUUAUUAGGAUCUGUACCACUGGCCAAUCAAAACAAGGCACAGUAGUCUUAAAAGGACACCGAAUGCAUCCCGUCUUUUAAUGAACGUAAAAGUAGCCGUGCAGUUUUUGAAAUGUCUAACCUGUACUCUAAAAAUUUACUACACAUUCACUUGUUAAAGAAGCACUGCAAUGAGGCAAUGAACAAAUGAAAAAAACAGCAGGAACACACACUGAGGAAUGGAGCGUUAAAAUAAACUCAAUCCAAAAUAUUACAAGUGUAUAUCAGUGAACGUCUGAUAAAAGCCGAUAUGUUGUCCAAGCUGCAGCCUAGAUGCAAACCCCUCAGUGUCAGAACAGGUACAGAUGAGAACUUGCAGUAAAUACCUACCAUAAGAUAACAUUUCAGUAAUAAAAAGGGUUUUUAGGAUGUCAAACAUUUCACAGUAACAUCACUUUCACACAUAAAAAGACAUUGAAGACACAAAGUCAGCUGUCCAUUCAGGCCUCUCUGCCUUCCAAUCAACUCAGCUCAGUCCAGAGAUGGACUUAAAUGUUUGUUGUCACUGGUGCUGGUGUAAUCUGGACUUUCCU